AUGGUCAUUAAGAGAAAAAAUGUAUUUGAUGACUCCGAUGACGAUGCUGUUUCAGAAGUAAUUGAGACAGAACCAAAAGUCAAAUUAAAAAUCAAAGAAUUCAUCAAACCACCAACUUUAGAUCAACAACCCCCAAAUGCUCAAAACGAUGAAAAUGAAGUAGAAGAUACCAAUGAAUUUGACGCAUUCGAUGAAGAUUAUAAUUACUCACCUGAAGAUCUAGAAUUACCUACAAAAGUGCAAGAAUUUUCACUGCUUGACAAAUCAAUAUUCGAAACAAAUCCAUAUUCGAUUGGUCUUUCAAUAAUGCAAAAAAUGGGGUUUAAAAUAGGUGAUUCAUUAGGUGUUUCAAACUCAAACAACAAGGCAUUGAAAGAACCUAUAACACUAUCUUGCUGGACUAAAGGAAGAGGAAUAGGUAUGUUGACUUCACCAACGAAUAAUGAAGUCGAUUAUGAGUCCAUAAAAAUGUCCAACAUUGAAGCAAAAAGACAAGGUAGAGAUGUAAUACAAUUGAAACAAUUAAUGAAAAUAUCAUUUGAAAUUAGCGGUGAGUGUGAAUUAUAUUUAAACGAAGAUUUAAAAAUUGAGGAGGUGAAUCCAAUUUGGAAAAUUUACGUUGAUGAACUUGAAGCUGAAAAACAAUUAAGUACAAGAUCUUCACACUCGAGGAUGUUGGAAUUUAAGUCGUACAAAGAAUCUUUAUACGAAAUGGGUCAUGAUGAGGUAAAAGAAAGAACUUCACAUUUACUCGAGUACUUAAGAAAUGAACAUAAUUAUUGUGCUUAUUGUGGAGAUCAAUACGAUGAUGAGGAAGAUUUGAUCAAAAAUUGUCCAGGAAUAGAUUAUGACUCGCAUCUACUGUAA